AUGGAACCCACCAUCAAAAUCGUUAGAAAAUCUAUUCAUACAUUCCUCCACCACUACAAUUACUUCACGACUGCUGCCAUUUUAGCCCUCCCGUUUUCUGUUUCCAUUCUCAUCUCCUCCACACUCCUCCCUCAUUCCCUCGCCGUUCAUUCCCGUCUCCGGUCACUUUUCAACGACGCCGGAUUUCCUCCACAAUCGGAAUUCUUCUCCAUUCUCAACCUCAAACUAUCCCAAACCAUCACAUCAUCAAUCUUAGUCCUACCCUUUACCCUCUCUUUCCUCCUCAUCGCAAAAGCAUCCGUAAUCCAAUCCUUCAACACCCACCGGAAACCACCACCAUCCUUCGCCGGCAUCUUCAGUUCCAUCCUCCUAACACAGAUAUGGAACACCUUGGUUAUGGUCUCUGCAAAUGCUACUUGUUUUUGGGUUCUUUUCAUUGCUUUCAACUGUUUGGAAAACCUCCGUAUCCCCUCACUGUUCUUCACCGUUGCCGGAGGAAUCGUGUAUUCCAUCAUCAUAGCCAAUGCCUUGAUCGUAUGCAACCUGGCGUUAAUCCUCUCAGGAAUGGAACUGAGUGGCGGAUUCAUUUCCAUUCUCAAAGCGUGUGUUAUGAUCAGAGGAAGAACUUCAAUCGCUCUAUCAUUAGCGCUGCCGAUAAACAUGGCGUUAGCAGGAAUCGAAGCUCUUUUCCAGUUCCGGGUAGUGAAAGCUUAUUCCGAUUCCGGGAUGAACAGACCCAGUUCAAGCAUGGUAUUAGAGGGAUUAUUCAUUGGUUAUUUGUACUCCAUUCUCAUCAUAAUUGAUGCCAUAAGUGGGUGUGUGUUCUUCAGAAGCUGCAAAAUAGCGUAUGAUGAGAACAUUAUUGAUCAAGAAGCAGGUAGGAUCGAAGAAGACGAAAGAGGUGAUUUUGCAUUGGCUGGGAAUGAGUUCAUAAUUCUCAACUGUGGAUUAGAUUCAUGCAGUCAAUAUUAG